CUAACUCUGAAGUUCAUAAAGACAAGGAAGAUUAUAAUGAAGACAAGGAAGACUGUAAUGAUAAUGGUGAAGAUAAGAAGGACUGUGAUGAUGAUAAUGGUGAAGAUGAGGAAGCUGAUUGCUCAAGAACUUUAAUAUAG